AUGGCACCACCCAUGAAACCAAGAAGCCCAAGGCAUCCAAUCGACACCGUUAAUACCAGCCAAAGGGAAGAAAUCGGUGGUGGAUUCCUACCACAAGACGAUCGAUCGAACGAAGACAGCGACUGCUGCUACUACUACGGCGACAACAACAAACAGUGGCUACUACUAUACAAUAACAGCAAGCCAUCGGUUGUCAAAACCGAAGCCGAUUACAAUGUCGUCGAACAGUAUCCUGUCGGCAGAAGAAGAAAGCAAUUUGGAGUCUCAUUGUGGAUCGACGCCUCUACUCCUAUCAAGCCCCAUUCGAUAUAA